CGCGGGGCCGCCCGGCCCAGCAGGUGACCGCGGGCCGGGGCCGCCGCGGGAGCCGCAGCGAGUCCGGGCGGCGCGGCGGGGAGACGCUCGCGAGGCGGCCGAGUCGGCGGAACAUGGCGGGGGCGCCCGGGGCGCGCGGGAGCGAGGCGCGGCGGCGGCCGGCACCCCAGGAGCUGUAGCCGCCGCGGGCAGGCCGCCGCCAUGGCCCGCUGGAUCCCCACCAAGCGGCGGAAGUACGGGGUCGCCAUCUAUAACUACAACGCCUCUCAAGAUGUGGAGCUCUCCUUGCAGAUUGGAGACACGGUUCACAUCCUGGAGAUGUAUGAGGGUUGGUACAGAGGAUACACCCUCCAAAAUAAAUCUAAAAAGGGUAUUUUCCCUGAAACAUACAUCCAUUUGAAAGAGGCAACUGUGGAAGACCGUGGGCAGCACGAGACGGUCAUCCCCGGCGAGCUCCCCCUGGUGCAGGAGCUCACAUCCACGCUGCGGGAAUGGGCGGUCAUCUGGCGCAAGCUCUACGUGAACAACAAGGUCACACUCUUCUGCCAACUGCAGCAGAUGACUUAUAGCCUGAUCGAGUGGCGGUCCCAGAUCCUGUCGGGAACACUCCCCAAGGAUGAACUGGCAGAGCUCAAGAAGAAAGUCACGGCCAAAAUCGAUCACGGGAAUAGAAUGCUUGGCUUAGAUCUGGUAGUGCGGGACGACAAUGGGAACAUCUUGGACCCGGAUGAAACCAGCACCAUUGCCCUCUUCAAGGCCCAUGAAGUGGCUUCAAAAAGAAUUGAGGAGAAAAUCCAGGAAGAAAAGUCAAUUCUUCAGAACCUGGACCUGCGAGGCCAGUCCAUCUUCAGCGCCGUCCACACCUACGGCCUCUAUGUGAACUUCAAGAACUUUGUCUGCAACAUCGGGGAAGACGCAGAGUUGUUUAUGGCCCUCUAUGACCCGGACCGGUCCACGUUCAUCAGUGAGAACUACCUAAUUCGCUGGGGCAGCAACGGGAUGCCCAAGGAAAUAGAGAAGCUCAAUAACCUUCAAGCAGUCUUCACUGACCUCAGCAGCACAGACCUCAUCCGGCCCCGCAUCAGCCUCGUGUGCCAGAUAGUCCGCGUGGGCCACAUGGAGCUGAAGGAGGGCAAAAAGCACACCUGUGGGCUCCGAAGACCUUUUGGAGUGGCAGUGAUGGAUAUUACUGAUAUCAUACAUGGAAAGGUGGAUGAUGAAGAAAAGCAGCAUUUUAUUCCCUUUCAGCAAAUUGCAAUGGAAACCUAUAUCCGGCAGAGGCAGCUAAUCAUGUCACCCCUGAUAACGUCCCACGUGAUUGGGGAGACCGAGCCACUUACUUCAGUCUUGAAUAAAGUGAUAGCAGCAAAGGAAGUGAAUCACAAAGGACAAGGACUUUGGGUGUCCUUGAAGCUAUUGCCAGGUGACCUCACGCAGGUUCAGAAGAAUUUUUCACACUUGGUGGAUAGGUCAACAGCAAUUGCCCGAAAAAUGGGCUUUCCUGAGAUAAUACUUCCAGGAGAUGUCCGGAAUGAUAUUUAUGUUACCCUGAUCCACGGGGAGUUUGACAAAGGCAAAAAGAAGACGCCGAAGAACGUGGAGGUGACCGUGUCCGCGUACGACGAGGAGGGCAGGCUCCUGGAGAAAGCAAUUCAUCCUGGGGCUGGCUACGAAGGCAUUUCAGAGUACAAAUCAGUAGUCUACUACCAGGUCAAGCAGCCCUGUUGGUAUGAGACUGUCAAGGUAUCCAUUGCCAUUGAAGAGGUUACUCGCUGCCAUAUAAGAUUUACCUUCCGGCAUAGAUCGUCUCAGGAAUCCAGAGAUAAAUCGGAGCGAGCAUUUGGGGUGGCCUUUGUGAAGCUGAUGAACCCGGAUGGCACCACUCUGCAGGAUGGGAGGCAUGAUCUGGUGGUUUAUAAGGGUGACAACAAGAAAAUGGAAGAUGCUAAAUUCUACCUGACCCUGCCUGGAACCAAGGGAGAGAUGGAAGAAAAAGAACUCCAAGCAUCUAAAACCCUGGCCAGCUUUACCCCAAGCAAGGAUAGCACAAAAGACAGCUUUCAGAUCGCCACUCUCAUUUGCUCCACAAAGCUCACCCAGAACGUUGACCUGUUGGGUUUGUUAAAUUGGCGUUCAAACUCCCAGAACAUCAAACACAACCUAAAGAAGUUAAUGGAGGUGGAUGGAGGAGAGAUCGUUAAGUUUUUGCAAGAUACACUAGAUGCACUUUUUACCAUAAUGAUGGAAAUGUCAGAUAACGAAACGUAUGACUUCCUUGUGUUUGAUGCACUGGUAUUUAUUAUCUCACUGAUUGGGGACAUCAAGUUCCAGCAUUUCAAUCCUGUCCUUGAAACCUACAUUUACAAGCACUUCAGUGCCACAUUGGCAUAUGUGAAACUCUCCAAGGUACUGAACUUCUAUGUGGCUAACGCAGAGGACUCCAGCAAGACGGAAUUGCUUUUUGCUGCUUUGAAAGCCUUAAAGUACUUGUUUAGAUUCAUCGUCCAAUCUAGAGUGCUCUAUUUGAGAUUUUAUGGCCAAAGCGAAGAUGGGGAUGAAUUUAAUAAUUCAAUACGCCAGUUAUUUCUUGCUUUCAAUACGCUAAUGGACAGGCCUCUGGAGGAAGCUGUCAAGAUCAAGGGGGCGGCUUUGAAGUACCUUCCUAGCAUAAUUAAUGACGUCAAACUUGUGUUUGAUCCCGUGGAGCUCAGUGUGCUCUUCUGCAAGUUCAUUCAGAGCAUUCCCGACAACCAGCUGGUGCGCCAGAAACUGAACUGCAUGACCAAGAUAGUGGAGAGCAACCUUUUUCAGCAGUUGGAUUACUUUGUAGGGAAGAGGGAGAAUGAGAUUAAAAGAGAAAGUGCAUGUGUCCGACGCUGCCUUCGGAAGAGGAAGGCCCUGUCGGGCGUGGUGUCACCUCCUGUGUCCCCUCAGGGCCCCACGGCGAAGCACAUAAAGCUGAUAAUGGAGCGGCUGCUGAGGAGGAUCAACCGGACAGUCAUUGGGAUGAGCCGCCAGUCCCCCCAUAUCGGUAGUUUUGUUGCUUGCAUGAUUGCCAUCCUGAGGCAGAUGGAUGACAGCCACUACAGCGACUACAUCAGCACUUUCAAAACCAAACAAGACAUCACUGACUUCCUCAUGGAAACUUUUAUCAUGUUUAAAGAUCUGAUUGGAAAGAAUGUCUACGCCAAAGACUGGAUGGUCAUGAAUAUGACGCAGAGCAGGGUUUUUCUCCGUGCUAUAAAUCAGUUUGCUGAGGUUCUCACAAGAUUAUUCAUGGAUCAGAGCAGCUUCGAACUUCAGCUCUGGAACAAUUAUUUCCAUUUGGCCGUAGCAUUUCUAACCCACGAAUCUCUACAGCUUGAAACCUUCUCGCAAGCCAAGCGCAACAAAAUUAUGAAGAAAUAUGGGGACAUGAGAAAGGAACUCGGCUUCCGAAUCCGGGACAUGUGGUAUAACCUGGGUCCCCACAAAAUCAAAUUCAUCCCAUCCAUGGUGGGCCCCAUUCUGGAGGUCACACUGACCCCCGAAGUAGAACUCCGGAAAGCCACCAUCCCCAUUUUCUUUGAUAUGAUGCAGUGUGAGUUCAAUUUCAGUGGAAAUGGCAAUUUCCAUAUGUUUGAGAACGAAUUGAUCACAAAGCUGGACCAGGAGGUAGAAGGGGGUAGAGGAGAUGAACAAUACAAGGUCCUUCUGGAAAAACUGCUCCUAGAACAUUGCCGGAAACAUAAAUACCUGGCCAGCUCUGGAGAAGUAUUUGCCCUCCUGGUCAGCAGCCUUUUGGAGAAUCUUUUGGACUACAGGACCAUCAUGCAUGACGAGAGCAAGGAAAACCGCAUGAGCUGUACCGUUAAUGUACUGAAUUUUUAUAAAGAAAAGAAGAGAGAGGACAUAUACAUAAGAUACUUGUACAAGCUGCGGGAUCUGCAUCGGGACUGUGAGAACUACACAGAAGCUGCCUACACGCUGCUCUUACAUGCUGAGCUUCUGCAGUGGUCUGACAAGCCCUGUGUACCCCAUUUGCUUCAGAGGGACAUAGACAGCUACUAUGUCUAUACCCAGCAAGAGCUUAAAGAGAAGCUGUACCAAGAAAUCAUAUCAUAUUUUGACAAAGGCAAAAUGUGGGAGAAGGCAAUCAAACUGAGCAAAGAGUUGGCUGAGACUUACGAGAGCAAAGUGUUUGACUACGAGGGCCUCGGCGGUCUCCUGAAAAAAAGAGCCUCAUUUUAUGAGAACAUCAUUAAGGCGAUGAGGCCUCAGCCUGAAUACUUUGCUGUUGGGUACUACGGACAAGGCUUUCCUUCUUUCCUACGGAACAAAAUCUUCAUCUACCGAGGGAAGGAGUAUGAGAGGCGAGAAGACUUCAGCCUGAGGUUGCUGACCCAGUUCCCCAGUGCUGAGAAGAUGACCAACACCACGCCCCCAGGAGAGGAAAUCAAGUCCUCUCCAAAGCAGUACAUGCAGUGUUUCACCGUAAAGCCAGUGAUGAGCCUGCCGCCCGGCUACAAAGAUAAACCCGUUCCGGAGCAGAUCUUAAACUACUACAGAGCCAACGAGGUGCAGCAGUUCAGUUACUCCCGGCCAUUCCGGAAGGGUGAAAAGGAUCCAGACAAUGAGUUUGCCACCAUGUGGAUUGAAAGGACCACGUAUACAACUGCAUAUACCUUUCCUGGGAUUCUCAAGUGGUUUGAAGUCAAACAGAUUUCAACGGAGGAGAUCAGUCCUCUGGAGAACGCCAUAGAGACCAUGGAGCUCACCAACGAGAGGAUCAGCAACUGUGUGCAGCAGCACGCCUGGGACCGGACCCUGUCUGUGCAUCCUCUCUCCAUGCUGCUCAGUGGCAUCGUAGACCCUGCCGUCAUGGGGGGCUACUCCAACUACGAAAAGGCAUUUUUUACAGAAAAGUACUUGCAGGAGCAUCCCGAAGACGAGGAGAAGAUCGAGCUGCUGAAGCGACUCAUAGCCUUGCAGAUGCCGCUGCUGACGGAGGGGAUCCGCAUCCACGGGGAGAAGCAGACGGAGCAGCUCAAGCCCCUGCACGACCGCUUGUCUUCUUGCUUCCGGGAACUCAAGGAGAAAGUAGAGAAGCUCUAUGGGGUUAUAACCCUGCCACCCAACCUAACUGAGAGGAAGCAAAGCCGCACAGGGUCUGUUGUGCUUCCCUACAUCAUGUCGUCCACGCUGCGGAGACUGUCCAUCACCUCGGUGACUUCCUCCGUGAUGUCCACCUCUUCUAACUCAUCUGAUACUGCUCCCUCCAGACCAGGAUCUGAUGGGUCAAUUCUGGAGCCACUUCUGGAGCGCAGGGCUUCAUCAGGUGCCAGAAUUGAAGAUCUGCCCCUCAAAGAGGACAGUGAGAACCGGAUCGGCAAGUUCAAGAGAAAAGACUGGAGCCUGACCAAGUCCCAGGUCAUCGCAGAGAAAGCACUGGAACCUGAUCCAACGAGCCCUACCAGAAAAGCACAAAGGCCAAAGAGUCUGCAGUUGACAGACAACCGGCUGACGCCGUUUCAUGGUUCUUCAACUCCUCAGUCCACACCCUUGAGCCCACCUCCACUCACUCCUAAAGCCACCAGGACCUUAAGCUCCCCGUCUUUGCAGACAGAUGGGCUGAUGACUGCUAUUAUCCCGCCUCCCCCUCCCCCCAAGAGCAAGCCCUAUGAGGGCAGCCAGAGGAACUCCACAGAGAUUGCUCCCCCUCUGCCUGUUCGAAGAGAAGCCAAAGCCCCACCCCCUCCACCUCCAAAAGCCCGGAAGUCUGGCGUCCCUUCUGCGGAGCCUGGGUGCCAGUAAGCAGCUUGUCAUCUCUCAGAGACUGUGGAUGCCCCGGACAGCUGGAGCCUGACGACCAGCCUCAGGGAGGCAGUGUCCGCAGUGGCACGGGGCCCUCCGCUGUCUGCUCUGCUGAUCCAGGAUGAGGUUCACCAACUCCUGAUUCCGUUUUUUCGAAAGCUUCUCUUUGGCAGAUGCCCGAGGACGUGCCACAUCUCCUCCAGUCCAUGUGGAAUUCCAGAAUUGACCAUGUGUGCAUUUCUCAAAGAAGAGCUCUUCCUCACCAUCAUUAAAUUUCAUCCUCUAUCACAGAGCCACUGGGACCUACAAAAAUCUGGGGAAGUUCUGUGCUGGUGGUAGAGCUGCCCAGUAACCCACGCCUUGCAGGGAUUUCUGCUUUGCUUCUGAAAAUCUUUGCUUGAGACUUAGUUUUCUCACACGGACAUGCUCUCCCGUAGAGCAUAUUGGAAGGGACCUACAUCAAAUUCUUCGGUAGCCAAAAUAAUCGUAUCUUCUUAAUGACUCUUGUGUUUCCUUUGAGGAAACAAACAUAUUUUUAGUGUAGAUUGGCUGCUUUAAAGUAUGAAUGGCUAUCAUAAUUGAAAAAAUACAGACUCAGUCUCGAGCCCAGAGCUCUGCAUUCCCCUACCCACUCGUGGCACUGGGAAGUUUCCCCUGCCCUCCCCAGGAGUCCUUCACACUGCAGACUAAUGGCCCUCACUGCUUGGCAGUAUCUCCUUCAUGCUACAGACUCCUUUGAAGCUCUUUCUUUUGCACAGUUUCCUAUCUGUUCCUUCCUCUGAGCUCAGAUCACUGGACAUAAGGGACUUAGAAGCCCAGGUCAACAGCUUCUCUUCGGAUCCCACUUGGAUGGCUCAGCAGCCCCUAUCUGCAACCUGAUUUUACCCUGGAGAAUACAGUGCAAUAUCCCCUUUGAUUAUUUAUUCCUCUUGUUUGUGGAAUUAAUUUGAUUACAUUUUUAUGGUACUAA